AUGAUUGAAGCUGAAUGCAAAGAACUUCAAAAACAAGUUUUAGAUUUAACAAAUCAAAAUUCAACAUUCAAAGAGAAUUUUUUUAAUGAUUUGUCUUUCCUUCAAACUAAAGUUCAACAAUUAGACAUUUUAAUUCAAUCACUCAUUUUGAUACCAGAAACACUAAUAAAAGAAGAAACAAAUUCUGAUCUAAAUGAAGUUGAAAAAAUAAAUAAAAACAAUCAAAUUAUAACUGAACUUAAACAAAGUAUAUCAGAUAUUGAUGUCUUAAAAACUGAAAAUCAAACACUUCGAGAGAAAAUUCAAACUUUAAUUGUUCAAAAUAAUAAAUUAAGUGAAGCUCUUGAAAUCAUAAAAAAGAAACAAGAAAAUGAAAGAAGAUUGUUUAAUGAAAAAGAAAGUAUUUACCAAUUAGAGGCACAACAAUGGAAAGAAAAUAUUGAACUUGAGAAGGAAAGUAAAGCUGUAGUAAGAAAGUGCCAAAACAUUCAAGACUGUUUGAAUCUACUAGUAAGUUCAUGGAAAAAUACUGAAAGUAUGAUUAUAAACAAUGUCAAUAUGGAAAUAGAAAAAGAAAUGAAAGAAGUUGAUGAAGUCCAAGAGAAUAAAGCUGAACCACAACCAAAGGAAACAAAAGAAAGUGAAGAAAAACAAUUAUCUCCAUGUUUAAAUGAUAAUAAACAAGAUCAUGAACAAACACUAAAUGAGUUGGACAAAACUGAUAAAAUAGAUAAUAACGAAUUAAAUGAAGAAAAUACUUCUAUUAAAAAUGAAAAAAAAGAAGAGGUAACUUCUCAACUAACAAACAAAAAAUCUGAUGUUAUAGAAAUUAGUGAUGAGAGUAAAAUGGUAGAUGAUAACAAUAUGUCAGAAGAAAAUCUUGAAAAAGUAGAUUUAUUGUAA